UAACACCAAGCAGCAUUAAGGUCUCUUCACUCUGGUCUGCAAACUGCCUGCUGCUUGGAGGUCACUCCAAAAAAGAAAAAGUCCCAGCAGAGCCCAUGGCCUUCCAGCUCAAUAUUUGAUCAGGAGGCUGGGCGGGCACCAGCCUUGGCAAAUUGAAACUUGCACACACACAUGCUUCUUAAUACACAGGAGGAUCACACAGGCGGACACUGAAGCUCUGGGGGAAAAGGUCUUUAAAGCCUGGGCAUUCUUUAUAGUUUGGUCCAAGAUUUGUGGCAAGAUGCUCUGGGCUUCUGUUCUCAUCGUGGCUGGCCUCUGUGGUGUGUCCAUGAGCCAGUAUGAAGACUACGAGGACAUGUUCUGGCUGCAAGCAUACCUACGCAGCCAGUCCUCAUCCUACAGCUAUUCACCAUAUUAUGAAGAUGAGGUUCCUGCAUAUUCCUAUGUCCCAGCUGGGUCUCCUGAUGGGGAGCCUGUCCCUGAACCCCCUGUUUCUAGGGAAUGCCCUCAUGAGUGUGAAUGCCCUCCCAACUUCUCUUCUGCUUUGUACUGUGACACUCGCAAUCUCAAGUAUCUUCCUUUUGUGCCUUCCCGGAUGAAAUAUGCAUAUUUCCAGAACAACCAAAUCACGACUAUCCAAGAGGGAGCUUUUGACAAUGCUACAAGUCUGGAAUGGAUUGCACUGCAUGGCAACCAAAUCACCAGUGAGAAGAUGGGCAAGAGAGUCUUUGCUAAGCUCAAGAAUCUGGAGAGGUUGUACCUGGACCACAACAACCUGACCAAGAUGCCUACCCCACUGCCACGGUCCCUGAGAGAGCUUCACCUGGGUUACAAUCAGAUCUCCAAGGUUCCCUCCAAUGCUCUUGAGGGCUUAGAGAACCUCACUGCCCUGUAUCUCAGCCACAACCAGAUCCAUGAAAUUGGACCAAACCUCAGAGGGUUAAAGUCUCUGAUUGUUGUGGACCUGAGCUACAACCAACUGAGGAGAGUCCCUGAUGGCCUUCCAAGCUCUCUAGAGCAGCUCUAUUUGGAGCAGAACAACAUAUACAGUGUCCCUGAGGAUUACUUCAAGGCUUCCCCCAGACUGAACUAUGUACGAAUGUCCCACAAUAGUCUGACAAAUGAUGGACUUGCCUCCAAUGCUUUCAAUACCAGUAGUCUCCUGGAACUGGAUCUCUCUUACAACAGACUUCAGAAGAUACCAAAGGUCAGCACAAGCCUCGAGAAUCUCUACCUCCAGGGGAACAGAAUAAACGGUGAGCAUUCCAGACAGUGA